UUAGUAUAGUUUUGUGCUCCUUUCUUAAAUCUUACAUUUUUGUCUUCAUUUGUUCCAACUACACAUGUCCUCACAGGUAAGCAUUAACGUUUUUUGUAUGCUUUUUUAAAAAUGGAUUUGAGUCAGGUAUAAGAGAAACAAAACAAACAAAACAAAGCAGCAUUUUCAGAGCAUAAAAGUUAGUUUCAUAUUCCCAAUAGGGGUUAUUUUCACCAUCUGCUAAAUAAUCUUGCACUUGAAAAAAUUCCAUUCAGUGGAUCUUUUUAAUCAGAAGGCUGUAAAUCUCUGAGCUUCAGGGAGCUGGGAUUGAAAUGUCAUCUCAGUUGUUGACUGAGACAGGAUCAAUCACAACCAAUGAGGAUUAUGUAUCCACUUAAAAAACCUACUGUGCCCAGACUGAACUCCCCAAUUUGCAGACCUCAUCUUGUCAUGUUCUUCACUGUGCUGAGCUGACUGUAUGAGGCUGGAGCCGCAAAUAAUCUCUCUCAUUUGUCUCUACUGUAAUGUUGCUGUACAUAUAGAAUGAAAGCAUGUUACUCAAAAUCAUGCAUGUCUGUCAGCUCUACUGCAGACCAGGAGUUGUGCUUGCUUGUUUGCUUAUUUUCUGAGAAAAUACUGUUUCUUUAAAAACACUAAAGGAUCUGCUAUGAACCCCAUCAUCUGCUCCUUGUCCAGCCUUUACCCUUAAUAGAAUUUCCUGUUAAAGAACCAAACCAUUUGUCAUGUUGGUGGUCUGACAAUUCAGGGAGUAAAUGUUGUGAGUGCAUCUCUUCCCUGCAUCACUCUCCUCCCUCCCCAGUCUCUCCUGUUGUGUGGGAUUGUUUUUGUGGUUUCUUUUUAUUAGCUACUAACACUUGUAAUUACUCUUGAUAGUGAGAGAGUUUGGUUAGACAAUAAAAUAAAACAGUUUUCUCCUGAAUUUUGCUUUGGCUGGUUCUCUAACAUUUACUGUAGCUAUUUUACUGGUAUUUCCAAUAUCAAAAUAACUUCCACAUUUUGUUCCUACAUCCUCUCCUGCUUUAUCAUUCUGUUACUAUUUAUUACAUUCAUUCUCAUCAGCGUGGUGGGCAGCAGAAGCCAUAUCUCAUUUCUCCGUUUCUUUUCAUAUUCAGAUUAGUACCAAAUUUUCCAAUCAUCUAUUCUUGUAUAAUACACAAAUUUUUCCUCACCUUCCACCUCUGCCUGUGCCUUAAAACUUACUUUGAUUCCUGUAACUUGUAACGUAUGACCUGUAACCUACUCUUUCCUAGCUGACUUGACACUUCAUUGUUUCCCUUCCUCUUAUCUAAACCCCUUAUACCUUUUUUGGCCAUCUUCGUGAACCAUAUAAUUCUGCAUCUUUGAAGCCCCCCACAAAUUCUCCUAGUCUAUCAACUCAAACUUGGUUAUAUUACAUUCAAACCGUCUCCCCCUGUAUGUACUUUCUGCUGUGUUCCUUAGUAUGCCAAUUUAGAAACUUUUUCCUAAAUUUUCUUCAGUUGCAUUUACCUCUCUCUGUGCAGUCUAUACAUAAAACUCUUUCAGAUUCACCAUACCGCUGCCCUCUCUUUUCUCUGAUUCAAAACUCUCUUCUGUUAGGAUCCCAAGACUCUGAGAUAGCAAUCUUGUCAAUUGUAUUCUGUGCUUAGUUACACUCAUGCAACGUCAGUAACUCAAUGGAAUUGAGUUUAGUGGCUUCACACAGGUAUAAGCAAGAGUAAGAUUUACUCCAGAUUGCUUAGAAAAGAUAGUGGGUGUUUGCUUCAAAGGUCCUUUUUUCUUCCAUGUAGAUCUAGUGCUUAAUGAUGGUGUCACUGCAAGAUGUCGUACAGUCUUUAAAGGCAAUUAUAAUGCAUAGUGCUUAGUUUCCUUUUCUGAGUAGCUAAGUUAAAAUCUUACCAAGUGAAAUGGUUAAGGAUUGCUGUGAUGGUGAGUGAGAUCUAAAGUUCUUUAAGAACCACUGUUGUAAUAAACCAGUGGUUCCACCUGGUACAUUCGCAGAAUGUGAGACACAUCUGAGGCUGUAAUGUCUCCUUUAAACAUGAUACCAAGUCUGUGUGAGUGUAUCAAAUACUUCAUUCACAUAAUGUUCGAUCAGUAAGUCCUUCAGACUUGAUAUCCUGCCAGUGGAGCUGCCACAAUUCAUGUAUUCAAAAACACUGUCCUUGAGAUCUUGUCUGUUCCUUUCUGCACAACCCAGUGUAUUAAAAGAAGUUUAUCUUUUUUGGGUAGGGAACAGUAUCCCACAGUUUUUAUGAAUUACUAGAUGCCAUCAUAGUUCUUUACUGAUGAUGUUCCCUGGUUGGAGUUAUAUAUUUUGAAGCACAGUUGUUUCCAAGAUUUAAUAAUGUGACAAUUUUUUCUUUUUUUUUUUUUUCCCCAAUAACAGAGCCAAGGAGAAAUUAAUGGCUGUUUAUGUCAGUCUCCUAGUCAAUUUGAUCUGACUUUUGCCUUAGCAAGGAUUACAGAUUUAGGAACUGAAUAAAUGAGGCAGUAACAAAUUUUAGAAACAUCAAAAAGGGUUUUAUUCUAUGAAACAAACCAAGAAAAGCGUACAUUAUUUUUCUAUUGCUUAAUUCUACCAGCUUUCUCCCUGUUACCCCAAUAAAUAGGAAUUUUGACUCGGAAAGGCCUGCAUGUAUGUCCUAAGAAAAUGUUUGCAUCCAAGAUUUAAUUUCUGCUGUCAUUUUCCAAGCUAAUCUCAGUGAGAAGAUUUGAAGAAUGAAUCCCUCAAGUUUUUCUUAACACACCUUUAGAACUACAGGCUACCAUAAGGAAAGCAACAGGAAGAAGACACUUUUUCCAAACAAAGGGCUUUUGAUGUGAUUUGUUCACAUUCUAUUUGCAAGCAUUGCCUCUCAUUUGGUUGAAUCACUCUUGAUGUACACAGGAGAAUCCAGUUUACAGUACCUUUGUCUAAUGAAUUAUCAGUACACGCCAUUGCCAUUUUGCUAAUCAAAAGGGUUUUAACCACUCUGGCCUAAAAGUAAAGAAUACUUUUAUUACUGUACUAUACCAUAAAUUGCAUCACUGAAAAUGCUGUACAGAUCUUUUUAUUUUAUGCAGUGGAGUGGGAUCAUUGAAAGCUAGAGGUUUGGGCAUAGACAGCAUGAUGUUCUAUCACCUUUCGCUGUAGAAAAUGAAUGCUUCAUUAACAAGGCAAAAUUGCCACUAGGACUGACUGAACUACAUCUGAAAUUUCAGUCUGAAUCAUUCUGUCAAAAGACUUUCACCAAGGGGUGGGCAUGUUCUGGCAGUCCUUUCCCAGAUACUCAUUCAAUCCAGUGGGACUACGCAGAUAGCUCUCAUUUAUCUGAAUACAUGCUCUGCAUUUGUUCUGCACAGGCAGCUUUAGAAAUCAGUCUUAGAUGUAUAUGUAGAAUUUUUUGUUUGUUUGUUUAAAGCCAUAAUUGUUAGCAUGUUCAACUAAUCUGCCAUUUGCAAACUUCUGUUUGAAUUUCAUGCUUACGGUUUGGUUAUUUGACUUGAUCUGGUCUGUAAAGGUGUGGCUGUUGCUGUGUGAUGGGCUUUUUGCAGCAGUCAUUUGGUCUGGUGAAUCCACUUAGCAUAAAAUUCACUAUCUGAGCAGCUGCUUCUCCCUCAGUCCACCUUCGUCUAAUGACCCGUCCAUGUAGCAGUGUUCUGUGAAGGCCCUUCAGAAACAGCAGUCUCUCAGGGGAAAAAUCAUGAAAGUUAAAAAUUUUUCAAACCUUCUGCUGCAAGCCUUGUUGUUUCAAGCAUGCAAGACAUUAAUGGGCAUGACAAAAUUUUAGAAGGCAUCUGUAUGGAGGAGCACGGCCAAACAUUAUGUGAAUAGCAACAUUUGCAUAAAGUUUUGAGUGGAUAUGAAAGUCUCCAUUUUCUGUGGUCUCUGAUCCUCUGAGAUAUCCAGUUCAAACUGAGACAUAUCUAAGUUUGGAAACUCUGAGAAUGAAAGCUAAAACUUUUACUGUCUUCUAGGAUAUCUCCUAUCACAUUUCAAAAUGCAGUCUUCUGUAGCUUAACACCGUACAGUGACUGGUUACAGAUAGGCAAGAUAUUGGCACAGGUUGUAGACAAACCUCAGCAUAUUAGCACAGGAUGAUGGAAUGGAAAAUGGUACAUAAGUUUGGCUGAAUCUCCUACAAACCAGAUGAUUAAUUUAGCUCAUCCAGAACUACAUGUUAUUGUAGCUAGGUUGCUUCCAGUACCAGAUUUGUCUCGGUUAUAUCAACACUGCACUGCAGUUUCAAGUGUAGAUGUACUCGCUGUUGCAAAAUAUAUACACCACAAUUAAUGGGAAAUGCCCUUCAGGGUGCACUUUCUUGGGGUGCGCUUCCUGAGAGAGCCCUCCAGAAGCAGAGAAGGACAAAUACGAGCUCAGAAGUCCUGAAGGAAUACUCUAAUCAUUUAACUCUGGAGAAGAGACUAGAACCAGAUUUUAAUUCAAUUUCACAGAGAGCACCUUCUGUCAAGAAGCCAAGCCAAGGAAGAAGGUGUAUUUUAACUUUGCUACAGAUCAUGUAGUUUGUAUUUGCAGAGAUGUGAAAAAGUCAUAGAUUCACAGUGGAUGCUAUGCUGACUUUUGCACUGAUUAUUAAUGCAAUACUUGUAACUUUAUAAACUGUGAUCUAGUAGAUUAACAAACAGCACUAUGCUGUACUGGUGCGUCAAGCAUGGAGCUUUCCAUGGAAAAGUCAUAGCAUAAAUAAAAACUAGUGCUUCUUAGUUUCCAAAUAGAUAGUACAUUUCUAUAGUCCUUUUUUCCUAGAUCUUCAGUUCUUCGCAAAUUGUAUGCAUUCAGCGCAAUGGAAAUGAAGCCAUAGUGAAAUAUGUGUUAUCCGAUGUCUAGUAAAUAAGGUCACUUACCAACUCAUCUUUCUAGUAUCCUUUUUUGGAAAAAAGGCUUAUGUAGUAGAACAUGCAGAAGCCUCCUGUUCACUUGCUUAAGUAAAAACAGAGCAGAGGAGAUUCAUUAUUUAAAAUAUUUUAAAGAAAACUGUUAUUUAAAACUUCUGAUAUUUUAAGAUGCUCUUGGUUAUGUUUCUGUUCUAUCAAAUUUAUAUUUUUUUUUAGUUAGUAGAAGGCAAGAAAUGUUUUUCAUGUCCUUUAUUCCGUAAGCCUCAGCCAAGCUGCUCAUUUGUGAUACAGUAUAGAAAACCUGAUAUCCUUGGGAAUACUCACUGAAAAGCUGCUGUGUUGAUGUUGGGAUUUUUAUUACAUUAAGUGAAGUCCAGAACUUGUUAGUGUUCUAUUUUCUAGUUUUCUUGCCUUGUACUGUAUGUUGCAAAACACUUAAAACUAAAAUCCCCAUUCAUUAUUACCACUUAAGAAAAUACCAAUAUCUGGUCUCAGUUAUUAAUUUACACUAAACCAGGUAAAUAGGCAAGUAUAACGACUCUCUACAGAUUUUAUUGCAGCUUAAACAUUUAAAAUCCCCUUUUAUGUUCUUUCUAUCUGGUUUUGGGGGUUUUUAUUUUACAUUUUUUUUCUAAUUAGUUUAAUAGACAAGCUGUGUUUCUGAAUAUGUCUUGAUUACUUCCAAAAUUUCUGAAGCAAUGCUUUCUUUUAGUGGAUUUUGUAUUUUAAAUAUGCUCAACUGGCUCACUUCAAACAUUUUGAUGUAGUUUAGCUUUUCAUCUGUCACAGGUACAAAUUACAUAAAAAUGCUGUAGAUCUGCUCAGAACAAAGACAAUUUUAUACUCUCCACUGAGUUUGUCAGACUUGACCAGUGUAAUUCUUUUGGAUGAUGGAAAAUUUGGAAAGUCCAGGUUGUCCUUGCCCCAAAAUAGAAUUAGGCAACUCUUGCUGAAACACAUUUUCCGACUGCUUUACAGAUUCAUGUUGAUUACAUUUAACUUGAUUGGAUUAGCUGCCAUUGUGGCAAUAUAUUUCUAUCAGAAACACAUGUGAGGGUAUACUUAACUGAAUUUUGAUACAUGCUAUGGAUAAAUUGGCUGCUUGUUUCUACUCCUCUUAUCCAGUCUGAAGGGCAUCCCAGGCCUGAACAUGCUCCCAGAAGUAGCACUAGUCUCAGGGCAACCCCUGGUGACCAUGGUGCCUUCAGAAAUACCCAGAGGAUUUCACAUUUCAGCUUAUCCUCAGCAGAUUCCUGUGUACUUUAGGACUGAUGUAGGAUGGGAUGACAUAGACAUAUUUUUGCCCAUGUGGAGAAGAAUAGGCAUUUUUUGUGUUCCCUGCAAGUGAACCUUUGCAAGAAGUUCUUUUUCUUAGAAAAUGGAUGCCUGGCUCAGAGUAAAGGACAUGCAGUGCGCAAUCCCUAGCAGAAGGUGAAAAUGGAUGACGCCUACUGAUGCUUUUUGACAUCGUCUCCUCUUUUCCUGUUUGAGAUGGGUGAUACGAUCAUCAGGAAAAAGUUCUAAAAUAAGCCCGAGUGACCUCUUUGUCCCUUGACUCCUCUUUCUGCAAGUCUAAAAACCAUCAGAAGAAAUGACCAGUCAACUACCAGAAGAGUCUGUGGAGACCCAGAGCUCAGAUGAGCUUGAGUGCAAGAUCUGUUACAACCAUUAUAACCUGCGACAGAGAAAACCGAAAGUGCUGGAGUGUUGUCACAGAGUAUGUGCCAAAUGCCUUUGCAAGAUCAUAGACUUUGGUGAUUCCCCGCAAGGAGUCAUAGUAUGCCCGUUUUGCAGGUUUGAAACGUGCCUGCCAGACGAUGAGGUUAGUAGUCUUCCUGAUGACAACAACAUCCUUCUGAAUUUAGCUUGUGGGGGAAAGGGAAAGAAGUGCCUACCAGACAACCCAACAGAACUGUUGCUGACUCCCAAAAGGUUGGCGUCUCUGGUUAGCCCUUCUCACACCUCUUCUAAUUGCCUGGUUAUAACAAUCAUGGAAGUACAGAGAGAAAAUCCCCAGACUCUGAACUCAACCCCCGUGGUGGAAUUUUACAGGCCUACAAGUUUUGACUCUGUUGCGACCGUGUCCCACAACUGGACAGUGUGGAACUGCACAUCUUUGCUCUUCCAGACCUCAAUUCGGGUGCUAGUGUGGUUGCUAGGGUUGCUGUACUUUAGUUCCUUGCCUUUAGGGAUUUAUUUACUGGUAUCUAAGAAAGUCACCCUUGGGAUUGUCUUUGUAAGCCUUGUUCCUUCGAGCCUUGUUAUUCUCAUGGUUUAUGGCUUUUGCCAGUGUGUUUGCCAUGAAGUUCUAGACUGCAUGUCAUCUUGAUAACAAAUACAGUAAAAUAAGAUGUAUUGCCACAUGUGUAGCAUAGUUGAUUUAUCCUGUCUUUGUAUUCUUAUUUAUUCUUGCUGUUGUCCAUCCCACUAAAUGGAAGCAGCAGCCCUAGUUAUAUGGUCCUUUUUUUCUACUUGAUUUUAUUUUUCCCCUCCCUCCUUUUUUUAAGCUUAAUAAUGGAAAUAAAAUUUACAUGCUGUUUUUAAAAGGCCAAGCUGUAGAAAGGGAUAAAGCAAAAUUGCCAAACUUGGUGCCUGCUGCUGCUGCCACUAUUCAAAUGAGUAGCCCUUUGCUUUCCAUUGGCUUGAUCAUGUCAGUCAAGGCUGCAGGAUCCACCUUAGAAGAAACCGGUAUAACAGGCACCUUCCAGGUCAUAGUACAGCAUCUCUUCAUCCAAAGCAUCUCAGAUUUUUUUGCAUUCUGUGACACGAGGAAUCUUUUUUUUUCACCAUGCUAAAAACAUGUCUCCAAAACACUUUCCCCAAACAGAAGCCCACUUUACUUGUCAUAUAGUUGCAGCUCCCUCUGAGAUACUCCUGCUAAUGAGUACUUCCAGGGACCCAGCCACAUGUUUGCUCUUCUCUAGGUGCACUUAUUUCAGUGUGCAUACACCUUAGGCUUCCCUUUGAGGGUUCAGAGCUCUGCAGACUUCUCUAGCUAUUGUCUGUUAUGCUUACCCUCCCUCCCAGCAUCUCCACCACCACCCCAUAUUUCCAACCCAUUAGUCCUCCUAACAAAUUGCCUGACCAACUUCAUGCACAUCGACACUGGAGAAUUUGGCUUAUGUGUCUUUAGCUAUCAAGAUAGAUUUUUAUUCCUAACCAUUAGGAAAUGGACCUUCAAUCACCAAUACAAAUUUCAGAAAAAAUCUGAAAUGGUUAACUGGUGGGGGGGGUUGUUUGUUUGGGGUUUUUUGUAUGUUUGGGGUUUUUUGUUUGGUUGGUUUUUUCUUUCCGAAUGAGCAUUGUAAGGAGGUACUAAGGUUUCUGUUUAACGCAUAGUCCUUCAAAAUGUUUAAUACCCUGAACUCCCUCUGUCACCAUUGUGAGUUGAUGGCACUCUAGAUGUGGCAAUUAGCAUGUCUUGAUUAGUUGAGUUCAGAGGAAUUAUUGAUGAUUUACCAUUCCACAAAUAGAAUCAGGCCCUGUAAGGCUUGCUUGUAUGUUGCAUGGUUUAGGCUACUUUUUGAACUACUGGAAGAGCACAAAACUAAGAAAUAUUUAAUGUUUAUGUGUAUAAGUAGGUCUAGUCAACACCACAGCUGCAAACAUGUUUUCCUGUGCACAGCAGGGUAAAAACCAAGAUGGAGUUGAGCGGUGCAAGCAUGGGUUUGGGGUCAGGCACAAGAUUUAGUAAUUUCAAGGUAGUAUAAGAGAGAGAGGGGUUUGUUGUGUGAAGACUGAAUAUAUGGCCUAACAAUAUAUUCUUAGAACAAACUGACUUUGGUAAGAACAAAAAAUGCCAAUGGGAAAAGCAGAACGUAAAUGGUCGUUGUGUCUGUCGAGGAUUUGAAGUCAAGCUGGUCCAGUUUUCAUAGAUGGCGCAGGUGGUAUCUACGGUUUCAUUCCUAUUGCAAACGUAGGGAAAAAUGUGGAAAUGUAAAGGUCCUGCUUUUCUUGACACUCAUUUUAUAAUAGCGCAUAUAUAUGUGUGUGUAUGUACAUAUAGACACAUAUGUAAGAUGAAAACUUAUAGUGAAAUUAUAGUUUUCAAGUGUAUGGAGUUAUGGAGCUAUGUACUGAAUGAUUAAAGGAAAUGUUUCAGACUUUUCUGUAAUGACUUGUUAACAAUUAUAACUAAAAUAUUUUCAGAAUUCCUAGAAAUGACUAUUCCUAAGUAACUGUUUUUAAUGUUUGUGGUAAAGCACAUGUAGUUAGAAGAGGUAUCAUCUACGGUUCUGGUAUACUGCAAGGUUUGAGUCAUCUAUGAACUCAUAAAUUUUAAGUAUCCAACAACAAUCAUGUCAAAAAGCAAGAAAAAUAGAAACCUAUGUGUUUUUAUAGUACUUCAUAACUUUGGGAGAAGAUGUAUUUGUAGUGUUAGGGAUUUAUAUGUUUUAGGAUUUGUUCAAUUUGUCUGAAUAUAGUGUCUCUAAUAAAGGGCUGACUAAUAGAGGAAGUAGGUUUUGCAAAUGUGUGACAUAAAUGUAUUACUUCUGCACAACAUGUCUGCAGUGCUAUCUGUUGUCUUCCUUUUCAUUUUCAGUUGAUUAAGAUUAUUUUAGCUCUAGCACCAGGUGUUUUGUACUCUGUUUUAAAACAGAGGCUAAUCUUGGCAGGAUUACAGUGGCAUCCAUUACACAUCACAGCACAAAUAAAUACUCCUGUUAGUAUACUUCACUACUUUUAAGACUGCCACCCAGUUAAAUUUAUGCUGUUAUUUUGGGCUGUGUUGCAAUACUAAUCCACUCAAAAAUGCGAGCGUGCGAAAACAUAUUGAUUGUAUAGCUAUUCUGCCGCUCAGCUAGAGCACGUUAUUACAGCUUCAGUCUCAUAAAAUUCCUAUAUGACUUCUAAUAUGGCCAUUGAGAAUUGCUAGGAGGUCUAAAUAUCAAUUAUUUGCGGAGAAGAUAUUUGCUGUGUGACUGAGGCUAGAGGAACUUCAGAUACUACUCUUUCAUUAUUUUUAUUCUCCGCCAUCCUUAAGACUUAGAACUGAAAACUUUUGUGUCCUCUGCGGUGGAAUAACUCUGCUGAAGUCAGCGUAAAUGGGGCUAGAAUCAAGUCCCGCAUACCCACCUGCUUGUGUUUCCUUCCCUUUCUGUGACUUUUUUCUCUCCUUAGAGAGUAAUGGCUCCUGUGGUUGUAAAAUACUGCCUGCACACCAAGGCAAUUCCCUUGCAGUAGGAGACUAUUCCUGCUUUGCCCAGACAUGUGACUCAACCAGGUACAAAGUGUUAUAGAUUCAUUACCACAGAAUUAUUUUAGCCCAAAUGAGAUUUUUUUUGGUUUUAAUUCCUCCUUAUCCUGUGGAUACAGACUGUAUCCUCACCAGGUGCUGGGCUACAGUGUGAUAUAGUGGCAUCCCCUGAGGGCAGGGGCAGGAUGAUGCAGUUGUAGUUGCGGGGCACGACAUCAGGAAGGAUGUGCUGAGCUGGACCGUUCUCUGAGCAGGACCUAGUGAGGGAUGAAGCUCUCCUGCAAGUGUGGCCUGAGCCCGGAGCCUAAAAGGCAACUAACAGGGAGCGGGUUACGUGGAAAGCAAGGUCUGUGGGAUCAUAAACAGGACGUGGAGCCUCGGGGCUGGGGUGGGCUGGGGCUGAGAAGCUGUGCAAAGCAGAGAGGGGUCUAUGCCCGGCAUGAAGGGGCUGCAUUUUAAAUAAGGAGUUUGGGGUACAGCUGCAAACAGAGUUUAAUGUUUCUCAUACUGACCCUUCUGGGGUUUAAAAUUCAGUUGGUAAUUAAAAGCCAUUUGCUACUGCUACUGCAGUUGAGUAUUUUUACUUUCCAAAUGGCAAAGUAUUGAACUUUAUAAUUUAAAGAGAUCCUUAGAUUUGGGUGUAUUCCCUCUAUUAUGUUAACUAUUUAAAGCUACAGUCUUUCAAAGAGGUUUGAACAAAAUAAGGGCUGAUGUCUUUGGUAUAGCUGCAUUGUGAGCUUUGUCCUACUAUAUUGAUUAUAUGCCUGCAAAACUGUAUAUGCUAAUAUAAAACAGUAAAAAUAGGUGAACUCUUGUCCCGAUAACACUAUCGGCAAACUUCAGGGUUGCCAGCAUUUUACGAUGUGUCCAAGAAUAGACGCUUUUCCCAAUGGACUUUAUUACCUGAAGAUACAGAUGAGUCCAGCAGCACCUAGCCAAACAGACAAGUACAGUACAGGAAAGCAUAGCUUUCCAGCUGAAUGGCUACACAUCACUUCAACCAGAGGAAGGGGAACUGAGGAGGUUUACCAGAAGGUGGAUGAUGUUGUGUUUGAGGGAGUUCCUUGUUGUUAGGGUACAGAACCAUUGUUUUUCCUAAUUCUAACCAUUUCCAGGGUUUGAUUCAACAAACUUUUCCCCAUUUCUCUUCUGCCCCCUCUUCUGGGACAAGGCUGUGUGGAACUGUGGGUAAACAGUAUUUUUGAAAUGAAACAAGCUUUUCUAUAACGCUGAGUUUGCAGCUCAGUCCAGUAUAAGACUAAUACUGAAAAGAGGGCAAAUUGCAGCCAGGAUGCAAGAGUGAACAUCAAAAAAUAGCUUGAUGUCAAAGCAAGGAAAAUGUGGCUACAUCCUGCCUUUGUCUUGGCUAGUUUAAAACUAGUGAGAGUCUGUCCCAAGUCUGUGGACCACCAUGACUCAACGCCCUCCCCUGCAUUACCUCUGUGACAGCUCACUUGAGUUACGCAUCUUGAUUUCUUGUACAGCAGUUGUAUGUCCUGAUUUCAUCUUCCUGCAUGGGUGAUGGGUGUAGUGAAAGGUCCACAGUGUUCCACUCUUAAACUCAUUUUAACUCAUUUUAACUAUCCUAAUGUUUCUCAGUUGGUUUUUUGUGGGUUUUUUUCUGGAUUUCUUCCUAUUUCUACUAAAGCAAGACCAUGCACUUUAUUUUAGAGCAGUGCCUUCAAGGAUAAAAAAAAAUGGGGAGAAGAAGAAGAACUGAGAAUUUUGAAAUCAAUUUAAAUAUUCAAAGCGAUGGAAAGAGACUGUUCUUAGAGUCUACUUGUACUUUCAUACUAGCAGAUUAGAUGUCAUCCUUUGAGUGACAUCAGUAAGUAUUUAGUGCUAGAGAUUCCUCAGGCAGUUUGUAAGUCUGACAGACCUUAGGCACAAACUCCAUACUCCACUGCUUUUCUACAAAGCACCAUUCUGCCUUUUGCAUCAGCUCCCCUUGUCAAAAGUUGAACCGUCACAGUUUAUGAAGAGUUCUGGCACAGAGAAUAAAUCGCCGGUCUGGGGAUGGUAAAUCAUCUUUUUAGAGAUGUGUGUGGCAGUAGCAAAGCUUUCAGUGCUAGACCUUAAACAAAGAAAAGUCAUCUUGCAGUCUGAAUUGCUAGCAUAAAUUUCAUUUUAAAUCAAGUUUCAUUGUGUCAGGCAACACUACAAUUAAAAUUCUUUUUAUUGUAUUUCUGCCUCUUGUGUUAUACAAACGUGGUUUGCAUUUUAAAAAAUGUAUUAAAUCAUAGAAAUCAGCGAUGGGUAGAAAAAAGCCUAAUAAGUUGUUUUAUCCAUUUCCUCUGCCCCUGUAGAGAUGAAUACGUCGUCUGGUCUGGUUUUAAAUAUCUCAAGUGAUGAAGCCUUCAUGUCUUUUCAUGAGGGACUUUUCAGCCAUUUAAUAGGCAUCUUUGUUAGGAAAUAUUUUCUUCAUACUGAUCCUGAUUUUUUCUUUUGCAUAAUGUAAUCCCUUUAUUCUGUGCCCACUGUUUUAACUUUUAUGAAAUCUGGGAAAUGUAUCAUAUUUAUCCCUUUCAUAGUGUGGCUGAAUAAUUCAUACUCCUUGUUGUUCAAGUAAUGCAAGAGAUAAGCAACCAGUUGCUGAACAGCUAAUACUUCAUUGAGAUGGUAUGCCAUGUACUAGUAGACUUAUUUCCUGGCAAGUCCUGGCUGACACUUCUUUCUACAUUAGGGAGUGAAAAACAUCAAGGGAAACUGAAGAAGUACAUCUUCCCAAGCGUGUACGUGGCAAUAUUACUGAAAUUUCAAGAGGUGCUGAGGCAAACAGCCUACUUCUUUAGAUAGAGCUUUUCUUUCUAAAAGUGGAUGAUUUUAAUAAAAGUAUGCUUUUUAAAAAGUGAUUAAACAUCCUCUUCAUAAGCAAACAUCUAUGUGAGAACCACACUAUGUCAAAACUCUUAACUUGUUGAGAGACAAGGCUGGAUUGAUUGCCACUCGCUGCAGAGCAGUUUUUGCUGACAGCUCAGAAAAAAAAAUUAAUCCAGUGUUAAGGAGAAGAGUUUGAAAAGAUGCCUUUGCAACUGUGUCGCUGGAAUCUGAUCUGUGCAUGAAAAAGUGACACAUGUCUUGACAGCAGAAACAAUGCAUUGCGGAUUUAAUUACAACAUAUUAGAUAAUCCUCUGCCUAUCUCAAAUGACAAGAAGGAACAGUGCAACUGAGGAAACCCUAGGUGGACAGAUGGGCUUCGUAUGGUUUUGCAUUUAAAAGGUACUUACUUAAAAUGUGGUACUAUAUAAGAGGACGCUGAGCCUGGGUCAGGUGGAUGGUCUGCUGGUUCAAGAAGGGUCUCUCGGUAACUGGCUGGUGGUGGAUGCAUGUCAAAAAAAAUAGCUGAGCAGCCCACGUGGACAGUGAACUUCCAAUAUACCUCCUCAUUUAUGGCAGUCUGCAGUUUGGAGACCUCUUGAGGUGGAGGUUCUAUCUGUAUCUGUGGCUUUGAUUCUUGCCUGUGGAUUUCUGUGAAUUCCUUUAAAUGGUGUUUUUAACCCGUCUAUAGUCUUGGCAUCCAUAAAAUUCUGCAGCAGUGAGUUCCAUAAUUUAAUUAUAUACUUUGUGGAAAAGGUCGGCUUUGUCUUAAAAACUCCUAAGAUACUAGUUAUGUAUCCCCUACUUUUUCUGAUAGGAAAAGCAGUUCUGAGGUGUGAUUGCACAUUGUUUCUUUCCUCCACGCUUCUCAGAACUUCAUCGGUCUCUAGAAAUAUUAACGUCAUGAUUUUAUCCCUCAUACUUCUCCUUGGCUGCCUCUUUUCCAAGCUAAAGAUCCUAGUGGAUUUUUUUCUCUCCUUAGAUAGCAGCCUUUCCACGCUUGACACAGUCUAUUGCACUUUCCUGAACCUUUUCUACUGCUACUUCUUUUUUGCUUUGAGGUGCAGCAAAGCAAUCAGAAAUAGGUUCUAAUUAGUGUCAUUUCUUAAUAAGUUGUGUGACCAUGUAAGACAUCUGUACUCCCACGGCUGCUGAAAUCACUUUGUCAUUGAUGUGAUUCCUGACGGUGCAUCUGAGGUGUCACACCUGACUAUUGUUAGUUUAUAUAUCAUGCAUAAUAUGGAAGGCAACAACAUGUGCAUUGAUGAACUUGCUAACAUGUUUAUCCCAUGCGUUCUGUUUAAAUAGCCCAGUUCACACGGGUGCAGGAAAUGGUAGAUUCCAGGAGAAUAUUUCAUUUAAUAUUGCCAUAGACUGUACAGACUUUAGCUCUGUAAAACACAUGGCCUGACAUUGCUGGACUGAGUAGCUGCUCCUCAGCAACCGCUGUAAGACGCCUUCUCUCUCUGCCACAGCGAUGUGCCUACCUCACCCACUUGCUGCAGCCAUCCCAAACUACAGCCUAGAGCUUUUCAUUGCAAGAAUACUCUUUUUUUUUUUUUUUUACCUCUUUUACUUAAUCUUUUAAUUCCUCACAGCUUGUGGCCUUUUUCAUGUUCUCCUUUCUUCAUUCCAAGGAAAGGAGAUGCUGGCAGAUGAUGAUGAUGAUGAUAAUGAUAAUAAUAAUAAUAAUAAUGCUGUUUAGAGGGUGAGCCCAUUACAUUUAGUCUUUCAUAUUGCCAGUUAGGGCAGAAGUUAGGAGGUCUCUGCCUUCAGCUCCCAGGGCUGUAAGCUGGGGGCUCAGCACUUUGCUGUCCUGGGCCCCAAGGAGGGCUGUCCUUGCAGCCUCUGGAGGACUUCUUCACAUGGAUGCUCUUUACAUCGAUGUUCCAUCUUUAUUCUUGCUUUUACUUAGAAAAACUGAGUGACUGUAAAAAAUUAUUAUUAUUCCAUUAAAACUAGAUAGGGCUCAUUUUCUCUCAGCAAAGAAUAAAAUUCUGAGGAAACUCAGGAAUUUUGUGGCGCUUUCAGGGUCAGCUGCAAAUCUCUGAUUACUUUGUUUGUUUUGGUAAUGAAACACCAAUAGCUAAAUAAAACCAGGUCAGUGAGGCUGUACAAAUCAUGCAGGUAAUUAAUGAAAUUUCACAAGUAGAUUCCGAAAGUGUGAAAAAAAAGGUUAAUUAAAAAAAGAAAAAAGAGACUUAAUUAUGCAAUAGGGCUUGGGUGGAGAGGGCAAACAGCUGGAUGUGACUUAACAAAAGAUUGUAGAAAUAAUGCUCAAAGACAGGUAGAAUGUGAAAAAUAUGUGUGCAAGCUCCAGUGAAUUAUCAAUACGCUGCAGUGUGUAAUUCUUGAUCCAUUAAUCUGAAAAAAAGACUCAAAAGGUUUAAUGAUAUAUUGCUUUACUUUAUACUUUGGCUCCUAAAAUCCACUGGUUUUAAAUUCCAGAUCAGCUUGAGGCUUACCAAUGUAACGUGAGUUUUAUGAGAGGAGUUUGACUGCUGUAACUUUGCCUUCUAUAGUUGUCUUUUUUAGUUUUAUGAAGAAAAGUCAUAGUGUGGAGAUUUCUUUUUGUUUGUUUUUAUUUCAGGAGUGGAACAAUGAAAUACAAUGUAAUCUUGCAGACACGGAAACUAUAACAUGGUAGCAAAUGGCAAAAGUAUAACUAUUCCUAUCUUAAAUAAGGAAGUACUAAUGUAUAAGCAAUUGUUUCACUCAA